UCUGAUUAAAAUAUAAUGAGGUGUCAAACGCGCUACUGAAGUUUGAAUAAACCUCCCUUGAAUAAUCAAUGCUUCUACAGAUGCGGCGUCCUCACGUCAGAUGAAGAUGUGGCAGUGAUCUCUAACCACUGAUGCUGAUAGUGCCUGUACGCUUUCGCUCAUUAAACAUGUUACUGGAACAGAUGUUCACCCUUAUGUUCUCUAAUUUCCUGGAACCAAGUGGGGACGUUGUUCUUGUGAGGAGUCAGUUAUCCUGUGCCUCGGACUGCACUGCUCUGGACGAUUGUUCUUCGUUCUUCUACAACCCCGAUUCCAAGUCAUGUCUGGUCACUCUACAGCGUCACUUUACCACUGCUGGGCUCGUGUCAACAUCUGGCUUCAAGUACUACAUGGCACGUUCAGACUGCAACAACAUAUGGACUGUAGCGGGGAUGUCUUGCUUCUAUAAGAGUACAGACAGGAAAAACGUUGCCGACGCAAGGCUCGCGUGUGCUGGUAUGGGCGCUCUCAUGGCAUCCACUAACUCAGAACAAGAAAACAGAGUCAUCAAGAAAAAAUUCGGAUCAGGAUUUUGGAUUGGAGGCAGUGAUGAAAUUCAGGAAGGGAAGUGGAUCUGGCCAGAUGGUCAACCGGUUACUCUCAACUUUUGGGCAGAAGGUCAACCCGACAACGGUACCGACGACCAGUGUAUGGAGCAAUGGGGACAUAAGGAGGGGUGGAACGAUGGACCCUGUUGGUAUCCAACGUUUUAUUUAUGCGAAAAAUAGUUUAUAAAAAUGGCACAACACUUUAUCCAAACUUACAAAGGAAUGUCGGAUUCUGCUUCUUUCUCUUAAUUUGAAUCUUCCCUGUACAUUUCUCACAGCGUCCGCAUAAAUUUGCGAACUAUUACAUAGGUAGCAUAUCAACCGCAUUCUUUUUCUCGAAUUCGCGUAUCAUACCACGCCUUAUGGUUAGGUUCCGCGAUCUUAACGCUAAGGUGACCGUAACUCCCAUACCUUAAGAUAGACUAAAGGUAGUCUUAGCGCUGAGGUUGUUUUGUACAACGGCACCCAGUACAAUAAUGUUCAGAUCUAUCCUAUGAGACCGUAUGUAAUCAUCAGAACCAGACAAAGUAAACAUACGUUUUAUGAAUAUCACUUUAUUGGUUAGCAAUCGCCUCCAACCUCUUAAUCAGGCUGAAUAUGUCUCUCAGGUGAAAUUUCUCUCUACACUUGGAUUAUUCAAAAUGAACUGUCAGCCAAUGAUAUUUAGUCUCUUUAUAUUUUGGCAAUUCCAAAUGA